AGGUCAUUUCCCAAAAUUACCAAAUCAGUUAAUUACUGAAAUAAUCAAUCUGCAGCAUAGCUAACUUAUGUCAUCUUUGCUUUCAUUCACAUACAAGAUUUUCUCUUUCAUACACUCCCUCCCUUCUCAUUCCCUCCUCCUCCUCCUUCUUCUUCUUCUUCAGUAAUUUUAUCUUUAAAAUUAAUACUUCUUCAAAUUUAGGGCAACACAGAAAAUAAACAACAACAAAAAAAAUGUUCAAAUCCAAAUUACAAGAGUAUUGUCAAUCAAAAAAAUGGAAUCUUCCAGAAUACUCGACAACAAGAGAAGGGCUUGAUCAUUGCCCUCAGUUUAAGGCUACUGUAACUGUAAAUGGCUCAACUUUCACUACUCCAAAUCCCUCCAAAUCUUCUAAAGAAGCCCACAAUUUGGUUGCUAACAUUGCUUACCAACAUCUUACUGGUUCUCCUAGUGCAAACAAUGCUUUACAAGUUUCACCAACUUCCGUUGAUGCCCAGCAACCCAAAAUGAAUGAACCUUUGCAAGCUGCUACUGUUAGUGAUGUAAACUUCUCAAGUCGGGAUGAUAAGAAAUUUAAAGAUAUGGCACAUUUAUAUAAGAAUCAACUGCAGAUCUAUGCUCAAAAGAAAAAUAUCAAUCUCCCUGUAUACAUAUCUGAGCGAGAGGGCCCUCCUCAUGCUUGUCGUUUUAAAUCCAAGGUCAUGCUAGAGGAGAAGACUUAUGAAAGUUUUGAAUUUUUUAGCACUAUUAAAGAUGCUGAAAAUGCUGCUGCAAAAGCUGCGUUAAUGUCAGUAUCAUCUGAUGAAACUGAAGAGGAAGAUCCAGGUUUCUUCAAAAAUCUUCUACAAGAAUUAGCUCAGAAAGAAUAUUCUUGUUUACCAGCAUAUGUUACAACCCGGUCUGGCCCUUCUCAUUACCCGAUUUUUUCUUCAACUGUUGAAAUAAAUGAGGAGUCCUUUACUGGACAAGAAGCAAAGACUAAAAAGUUGGCAGAAAUGAAUGCAGCGAAGGUUGCCUAUAUUGCUAUGAAAGAACGUAAAGGGAAACCAAACUUUAAACCUGAUUCACUGAGCUACCAUGUCAAUGAUGCACCUCCCAAGUCGCAAUUUGUUCCCAUUGCUGAUUUAUCUGAUAAACACAUUUUGGCUCCAGAUCCCAUAUCCAAUAGAGCUCAUAUGGACCUAGUUAAUUGCAACAAAGGUCUUGAUGAUCUUAAUGAUCAAAACGAAGUAAUUAUUUACUGUCCAGAAGGACAACGGAUUAAAAGGAACCCUGAUCUGACAGGAGCAUAUCACCAGGAUACUGUAGCUGAACAGACUGGGGGGAAACCUGAAGUCCACACUAACUUUGAUCAAAAUAAUUGUGGACUGAAGUUGGACAAUUCCUCUGGGCAAAACUCAUCAAGUGCUCCCAUUCAGUCCCCUUCAAGAUCAGGGGUCCGCCAGAUUGAUCAGCCAUCGCCCAGUUCUGGUGUAAUGUCAUCACACAAAAAGAUCAAAGUUUACCCUGUGACACCCAAUAUGACAUUACCUACAGGAGCCACCGUCAUGCAUAGAGAUGAGAAAUGGGUUGCCAUGUCCAUGGAUUCAAUCCACGGAAAUGUAUGAGAGUACUUAAUGUAGCUGUUUAACAUCCCCCUUCGUACCGAUUUAGGCUGAAAGAUGAUUAUGUUAUACUACAUCCUUCUUUUUUACAUUCAAGCUCCAGUACACAUGGAAUAAACUUGGUGUGUUUCCCCUGUAAAGUUAAUGUUAAAUCUCUGUCUAGUAAAUGCAUGUGUCAAUGUCAUGUUGCAUUAUGAA